UUUGCUAAAAUUAUCAGAAAAUUGUAUUUUAAAAUUUUAAGGGAACUUUUUUUGGAAAAAUCAAUUGCAAAACAUUGCCUCUUAUUUUGGGCCUUAACUGGAGAUCCAAUGGGCGGAAGACGCUGUGUGAUCUGCGGCGAGGAGCCACCCGAGAAGGACCACAAGGGAAACGAGGCCUACGCCUUCCCCAAGGACGAGGACGAGGCCCGCAUCUGGCAGGCGAGCAUGGGGGCCAAGGGCUGCUGCGUGGAGAGCAUCCAGCAGCAGUGCUGCGUCUGUGUCCAGCACAUUCCCGAGUUCGUGAAGCGAGCCAAGAGGGUGGGCCGAAGGAUUCGAAACCUGGAGCGCAACAAGGAGAAGAGGCGGGAGGAGCUGAUGGCCCUAGCCGGAGCCGGCUGUAAGUGUCCAGACGGGGACACGCCGGGUCCGGAUCGGCCAACAGUCAACGUUCUACUCCUCAACGGAGCCUCCCUGCCCACCUACUGCGGCAAGGGCCAGACGGCCGAAAAUGUCUGCCAAGCUCCAGAUGCUGACGGCGAUUCUGGCAUGAAACUCAAGCGGGUCAACGCCCAGGACUCGGACACGGAGAUCUUUGUCCAGGAGUCGGGCUUUCUCGACACCGGCGGCAGCUUUCCCGACAUCGACGGCACCGAAAUGACCGUAAUGCGAGCUCCAACCCAAGACGACGAGGAGCUGGAAAUAUUUCACAAGGACUGCCUGGCAGAGGAGGAGAAGCAUGGCAAAGGCCUGAGAGCCCGCCGGAACAUAUGCAUGCCGGGCUGCACGGAUGUCCUGCUGCUGGCCCGCGGGCGUCACGCCACCGACGAGUGCCCCUGCAAGUGCGAGCAGUGCUCGAAGCCCUCCAACCUGCCGGACGACGGCGAGUGCUGCGACCCGCCCUGCUGCCCGGACACUCAGCCGGAGUACUACACCCAGCCGCCCUGCGGCUGCGAGUGCGAGCAGCAGGUGCGGCGCGAACUGGGCCGGGUCAUUAAGACCCAGACCCAGCGGAUCAGGGAGCUGGAGUCCCGGCUCUGUCGGCAGAACAACAUGCGCAGCUGUCUCCAGCGGAAGCUCGACGAGCUGUACUGCGAGUUUGGCAAGUUGGACGAGGACCAUGGCGAGGGCAGUCACGCCCGACUCCAAUGCCCGGCCCCCGACUGCGCGGCAGUGGUGGUGUCUCAGCAGGCGCCUCCCACAUCGCACGCGCCCCUGAAGGAGUCCCCCCAACUACCGAAGGUACCUCGGUUCCGACGCUCCGUCCACAAAAUGACUCCCGCUCCACCGCCACCGGAGGAGAGGGACUCGUCGGACGAUGACUUGUUUGUCAAUGAGUCCUUCGAGAGGGUUCACUGGGUGGCCAUGCGUAAUACGGAAACGGAUGAUGGUCGCAGGACCCGUAGACCGGAGUGGACCACUACCAAGGAGCCGGGUACUCUCACUCCCAUGAGUCGCAGCCAAAUGUCGAUCCGCUUCGGGAAUAAUAUCGUGCCCGAAAGUAAGACGUCCCUUCAGCUAUCUAACAAGUCGAGGUCGCUGGGAUCGCGUCCUUGAUGUCCUCCCACACCACACUCGCCCUCCAACAUCGCCUCCGCGUCUGCCACUCUCCGUUCUGUGUGCCCAAAAGCAAUCAUGCAAAAAUUUAAAUAUAUUCUUUUUCCGGUUCUGUGCAAA